AUGAAGGUUGCAUCUUUCAACAUCCAGAAAUUUGGGAAGCGUAAACUAUCAAACCCAAGCACCCUUGCUACCCUUGUGAAGAUUGUGUCUCGCUAUGACAUCAUAGUGAUUCUGGAGGUGGUGGAUGAGAGAGGUACUUCAGUGAAAAAGUUCCUGGAGGAAUUAAAUAAGGCCAAUAAGAGGCAACAAUACACUCUGCAAAUCAGCUCUCGUCUGGGAAGAGACAAAUACAAGGAGCAGUUUAUGUUUCUGUACAGGGCUGAUUUGGUGGACUUGGUUGGCUCCUGGCAAUAUGAGGACAACCAGGCUGGAGAUGUGGACGCCUUCGCCAGGGAGCCUUACAUUCUCCGCUUCAAAUGUCUCAACACUGUGCUAGAGGACUUGGUACUGAUUCCAGUGCACACCAAGCCUGAUGACUCAGUGAAGGAGCUGGAUGAGCUUUAUGAUGUCUUCCUGGAAGUGACAAAGAAAUGGAAGACUGAUAACGUUAUGAUCCUAGGUGACUUCAAUGCAGACGGUUCCUACCUUUCUAAAAAGGGCAUGAAAGCUAUCCGUAUCCGCAGUGACAAAAAUUUCCACUGGCUGAUUAAAGAUGACGUGGAUACCACAGCAAACACAGGCAACGAUAACACUUAUGACAGGAUUGUGAUCUACGGGGAUGACAUGGUUGACGCCAUCGUGCCAAACUCUGCCAAACCAUUCAACUUCCAGAUUGCAUAUGGGCUUUCUGAAGAAGAUGCCCUGAAGGUGAGCGACCAUUACCCUGUGGAGGUAGAGCUGAAACCAAAAACACCAACAGAACAGAGUAAGCAGCUCUGCGACUGGGAAAUAGAACCCUGUAACAUGGACAGGAGGGCAGAGGAAGUGAGGGAAGAGGUGAUGGAGCUGGAGAAGAAGCCUUAUCCAACCAGAGAAGCUGAAUUUAGAGAUACUGGUGCUGAAGAUUCGGAUGGUUAA